AUGCUCGAGAACGGCAUGAAAGAAAGUACCACCAGGCGGGUGAUCUUCGAAGACAUCAGCUCCGAGACGUUCCGGUUGGUGCUCGAGUUCGCAUACACCAACAUGUAUCGGCUCGAGAGGCCUAUCCGUGAAUACAUUGAUCGUGGAGAAGGUGAGAGACCAAGAAGUCCACCUCCUCGCAGAGCGAGUGAAGAGAUUGAUUCUGCGGAAGUCGAUGAAACAAUACCUCCACCGCCUCCGAGAAGACGAGAGAGCUAUCGAAGUUCGAUAACUGGGGGCGUUCCGAAGAGCCAAAAUUCUGCUUAA